AUGGCGGUGAUGCUAAGAGGAAGGGGGUCCCCCGGUUGGAAGAGUUACUUUACUCUGUGUUCGCGGUACUUCCCCGGAACUGCCGGAGCCCGGACGCGCCUCGAUAUCGCGUUUCGAUUGUUCUGCGGUCGAUCGGGUGACGAUGCUAAGAAGGACGGGCAUACCCCGGUCAGAAGACAUAUUUUACUCUGCGUUUGCGGUACUAUGGAAGCGCCGUGGCUCGGACCCACCUCGAUAUCGAGUUUCGAUUGUUCUGCGGUCGCCCUGGUGACGAUUCUAAGAAGGAGCGGCAUACCCCGGUCAGGAGACAUACUUUACUUUGCCGUCGCGGUACUUCCCCGAAAAAUCGCUGCAGCUUACAUCAAGGGACUGGCCCUUGGUGUAAACUGCAGCGAUUCCACCCAGCAGAUAGGAGGCAAU